UUUCAGGAGGUCGCCACUGACGCCUUGUAUGACCAGGUGGGUGGUCCGCCGAAGGUCAAAGUGGAAGCAAUUCGGGCGGCGCUGCUCAGCGGGCUGGAGAGGGCUGGCCUUGUGGUGCCCAGCACCAGCCAGCUAGGAGCUGACAAGGGCAAGAAUGCGCCGUCUGGCGGCAAGGGGGCAAAGCCCGCCGCAGAGCCCAAGCGCGUAAUCACCGACGCUGGCAGAGGUGCUCAGUACCUCCAGGUGGAUGAGGGCGGCCUGGGCUCGAAGCGGCCAGGCGAGCACGCAGCUCCAGGGGCGGCCAAGUUUCUCAAGACUGGCGCCAGUGCUGAGCCUGAGGCGCAUGCGCCAGCUGCUGCUGCUGCAGCGCAUGCGAUCGAGUUGGCCAAGCGGAGCGAGAACACCAAGGACAAGCGUGAGAUCGCUGGGUACUACGCGCUGUCUUGCAAUCGCAGUGCCAACCCACGAUGCUCGAUUCACGGCUCCACGGUCCUGGUGUGCCAGAUGAAGAGUGACGCGGCCUUUGAGGGUCCGCUGGCGACGCCGAGCUACGCGCCACGCUCAGGCCGGAUUAUAACGGCUCAGGGCAAAUACACGAAGGAGUUCGGGGCGGCGGUCACUCAGCAUUUGGCCCAUCUGAGAGAAGGGCGCCACGCGCUCAGCCGCGAGGGCAGGCAGGAACUCACAGAGCUGCCUCCCAUCACCAAGGAGCGCGCUCGCACGAAGCUCGCGGAUGAGAAACUAGAGGGUGCCAUGCCUAACUUGCAUGGGCCGCUCCUGCGCUUGUGCGACAUGCGCGAGCGUUGCCGUCGUCUUGAAGGCUCGCUCAAGCAAUUUCGUCGCAAUAGGGCUGCCGUCAGGACUACGAUCAUCCGCCUAGGGGAUCCGUUGGCAGCCGGCGCGGAUGGACAGUUCACGCAGUACAGGGACGAAGGAGCUGUUCGACCAGACGCUGGUCAGCGGGCUUGCCCGCGUGCAAUCAGCGGGCGCCCUUCGAUCUAUGCGGGCUACGACGUGACGACUCUCUACAACUUACAUGGAUUUCUGGAGGACAUCUUGCUCUUGCAUGCCCGCUCAGUCGGCGACGUUGAGGCGUGCGCAUUGGUGGCCUACCUCUGUACCCGCUGCGCUGACUUGUACUUCUCGUUCGAGCUGGAUCGGCGUGUUUGCCUGGAUGAGGCAUGCGCUGGACGCCACUAUGAAGCGACUGCGCACAAAGAAUGGCCGACGUACAAUUCAGGAGUCGCGGUGGAUGUGGGAUCAUGUGCAGCGCUGGUGCGCGAAGCGCUGGGUGCCAACUUGGAGAGGUACGUGUCGUCUGCUGAAGCCGAUGACCCAGUUCCCGUCACUGAGCGCACGCCAGAGAUUCGGCGCUCCGUGCUCUGGGACUUAGGAGGCGACAGGCAGCUCGACAAAGACGCCCAGGCGGCAUAUCUGAGGCUGCCCUGCAACGGCAUGAGGCUGACCUUGGAGAACUUGAUCAAGAUGAUUGAAAAGGCGAUCAGCAUUUUGAUGGUGCAAAAGUUUCAGCCCAGCCGGACACUGGAGUUGUGUCAGUUAGAGGCCGACGCGCUGAACGCUUAUGUUCUGGCCGCGUCGGAGCCGCGAGUGCGGGGAGCGCGUGGCGAGCUUGCUGAAGAUUCCGUAGAUCGCACUAUUGCCGGCAGCGGAACGGGUGCUGAAGGCGAUCAGAAGAACAAGGUUGCUCUCUUUUCGGUGUGCUGGCGCUUGUUGCCUGCCACUCCAUUUCAGUCGGUGAAUCCGGGACCGGCCGUGAUGGACACACAUCGCCUUGCCGUGGCUUUGGAUGUCGCCUUGAACAAGUUCACCACCUACGAGAAGCCAGAGGAGAUGCGCAUUCGUGCUGGUUUCAAAGCGCA